AUGGAGAGCUUCGAUGAUAAAGUGGAAGAGAAGUCGACAUCGGUGGGACGAAAUGAUAACUAUAUUCGUCUACCAUCGCUGGAUCAGGAACCAAAUCAGUAUCUCCAAUCGCUUCAACAAGAGACACUUCGACCAACACUCUCGCCAAUCUACCCAUGGACGUCGCCACCACAGAGAUUACCAGGGCCGUAUGAUGCGCCUUACUUCCCAGUUCCAUUACCGACAGUCAGAAGUGAAGAAUCGUCUCAGAUUAGGGAACAAUCGCCCAUAAUCAAGACGGAACCAGUCUCAGACGAUGUAACGGAAGAGCUAGAAACCGUCUCGUACACUCGUCGCGUCUCGACACCCAGCAUACCGGAUCACGAGUCUCUCCUCGAAGGCGCAGUCACUGUUUCCAACAAAGGCUGGCGCCGCACUCAAUGGACCGUCACCGCAGGUUGA